CUCCUCUCCAGCAUUUUCUCCAAAUCCUGUAAAUGCUGGAGGGCAAGGUUUGCGAGGACGCACCUUCAGGCUGGAGGUACGGGCUCCUCAGCCCACUUACCCGCUGCACUCUCUCACCUGUGACUCUCCCUCACGCCUCCCAGGCCACCCUUGACCUUCAGCCCGAAGAUGCCGGCGGAGCCCUGAAAGGCAGGCCGACUCCCAGCGCCUCCCCGGAUCCCGCAGACCCAGGUUUUGGAGAUCCCUUAUCUCCCGGGUGCUGGGAUCGACUUCUCGCUCAGCUGAACUGCUCCCUCGAUGGGGACAAGGAGAGAGGUGCUCUGGGCUGACUCCUGAAUCGGAGCGUCGGACAUCUGCCCGCCUUGUUAGCGGAAACAGCUGGUGACGCCUCUGCUUCCUGAGACUUCGGAGACCAGAAGUUAGAGGAAUACACACUUUCUCUGGAACUUGGAGGAUAAAUAUUUGCUCCAGUUUUGAAGCCUGGGGCUGCUGGAGGUGUGAGUGACGAGUCUUGCAAGUGUCCUUACUCCAACUCAGAAAUUGCUGCCCGGGUUCAUAGCUUCCCCUGCGACCCCAGAGGGACAGGAAAAUGCCCACCCAGUCCCUCUUGGUGUACAUGGAUGGGCCGGAAGUCAUCGGCGAUGCGCUGGGCCCCCAGAUGGAGCUGGAUGAUGCCGUGUCCAUGAAAGGGACUCCCUCGGUCCCUUUCAGGGCGACGCAGGACAAGGGCACGGCCCAGGUGGAGGGGCCCCUGCCCCUCGACUGCAUGUUCUGCAGCCAGGUCUUCGCGCACGCCGACGACCUCAACAAGCACGUCCUGGCGCAGCACCGGCCCACCCUCUGCGAGCCCGCCGUCCUGCGCGUGGAGGCCGAGUACCGCAGCCCUCUCGACAAAAGCCAGGGCCGGGCGGACCCUCCCAAGGACAAACCUGGCAAGGAAAAUGAAGAACUGAGCUGCGAGGUGUGCGGGCAGACCUUCCGGGUGGCCUUCGAGGUGGAGAUCCACAUGAAGAAGCACAAGGACUCCUUCACCUACGGGUGCGCCGUGUGCGGGCGCAGGUUCAAGGAGCCCUGGUUUCUGAAAAACCACAUGCGGACACACACGGGCAAGGCGGGGGCCAAGGGCAAGCUGCAGGCCGGCCUGGAGAGCCCGGCCACCAUCAACGAGGUGGUGCAGGGCCAGGCCCCCGAGAGCGUCGCCUCUCCUUACAAAAUCUGCAUGGUUUGUGGCUUCCUUUUUCCAAAUAAAGAAAGUCUGAUUGAUCACAGGAAGAUGCACACCAAAGACAGGGCUUCCGGCCCAGGCCCCCAGGCCGGCCCGCGGCAAGAGGGCGCGCGGGCCCCGGGGGAGGAGUUCCUGCAGUUUCUCAGCCUCAGGCCCACCUCGCACCCCGAGACCGGCCGGCAGCCGGCCAAAUGGAUACCUCAGCUCGACCCCUUCACCACCUACCAGGCCUGGCAGCUGGCCACCAAGGGCAAGGUGGCCGUGUGCCGGGAGGUGAAGGAGCAGCCCGGGCAGGAGGGCAGCACCGACAACGACGACUCGUGCUCCGAGAAGGAGGAGCUGGGCGACAUCUGGGGCGCCGGCAAGGGCCAGGCCGAAGGCUCCCCCGACCCCUCCGCCGCCCUGGACGAUGGCGCAGCCGUGGACCGAGAAGGCGGCUCCGAAGACGGGUCUGAGGACGGCCUGCAGGAGGGGCUCCCUCUGGAUAAAAAUGAUGAUGGAGGAAAAAUAAAGCAUCUCCCGUCCUCGAGGGAAUGCAGUUACUGUGGGAAGUUUUUCCGUUCCAAUUAUUACCUCAAUAUUCAUCUCAGAACACACACAGGGGAAAAGCCGUACAAAUGUGAAUUCUGCGACUACGCUGCGGCCCAGAAGACCUCCCUGCGCUACCACUUGGAGAGACACCACAAGGACAAGCAGGGGGACGCGGCGGCGGAGGGCAGGGCCGACGGGAAGCCGCCCGAGCUGGAGGACGCACUGCUCGCCAGCGACGCCGCGCAGACCAAAACUUUGAAGAGAUUCUUUGAUGGUGCCAAAGAUGCCAAAGGCAGCCCGCCUGCGAAGCAGCUGAAGGGGGCGGCCCCCGCCCCCCAGCGCGCCCUGGGCGGUGCCGCCCCGUCCCCCGCCCACAGGGACCCUCAGGACUUCAGCAGAGGCCUCGCCGAGGACGGCGCCGAGGCAGUGAGCAAGGGCCCCGCGCCCACCUACCUGGACCUGUUGAAAAAGAGACCCGCGGCGGAGCCUCUGGCCGCGCGCCCCCCCUGCGCCCCACACCCCGAUGGCUCGGCCCUGAAGGUGGGCGAGGCGCUCCCCAAGGACAGGAGGGGGGAGCGGCCCCCCGACAGCCAGGAGAAGCCCUUGAACUUGUCGCUGGGGCCGCUGCAUGGCUGCCCGGCCAUCUCUCUGAGCAAAAGCCUGAUCCCCAGCACCACCUGCCCGUUCUGUACCUUCAAGACCUUCUACCCCGAAGUUCUGAUGAUGCACCAGAGACUCGAGCAUAAGUACAACCCCGACAUCCACAAGGGCUGCAGGAGCAAGUCCUGGCUGCGCAGCCGGCGCACGGGGUGCCCGCCCGCGCUGCUGGGCAAGGACGUGCCCCCGCUGGCCGCCUUCCACCGGCCCCGACCCAGGGCGGCGCCCCCCACUAAGCCCCCCGCGGCCGACAAAGCCAAGCCCAGCGCCCCCACGCCCGGCCGUGCCGCACCCCUCGCGGGGGCCGACCCCAGCACUUUAGCGCCCAGCAACCUGAAGUCUCACCGGCCCCCGCCUGGCCUGGGGGCGCAGGGGGUGUUCCCCAAAGCCAGCCAUGCCCCUGGCCCGGAGAAGGUGCGGCGGCCAGACGUCCGGCCCAAGCCCCCAGUGCCCGGCGGUGGCCACCCCAAUGGCCUGGCUGACGGCACUCCCCCGAGCGAGGGGCCCUGGGUGCCCCCCGCCAGAGACUUCUUCUGUGCUGAGCCGCUGCCCAAGCGCCCCAAGACUGGUGCCCCCGACGGGGACCCGCCUGCACCCCCCGCCCGCAAGAGCUUCGACCACCUCCCCAAGUACCAUGUGGUCCGAGGGAUCACCUCGCUGCUGCCUCAGGAAUGUGUGUGCCCCCCGCCCGUGGCACUGCCCCCCAAGCCCCGCUUCUUGGGCUCGGCCUCCCCCGAGCCCCCCGCCGUGCUGACCCCACAGAAGCCCUACGCAGCCUCCGGGGCGCUCUUCACCUCUAAACAUGCGUUUGUGCUUUCUUUCCUUGCACCAGGAAAAAGGCCUGCGUCAUACCAACACUUACCUAGCAGCGUGCUGCAGAAGAGAAACUACGAGAAUUUUAUUGGGAACGCACCUUAUCGACCAAAUGACAAGAAAACUUGAUUUCCUGUUGGGGGAAAGAGAGGUCCUGCGAAGCAAGUGUGUACUCCAAGAAGUUAGAUUGGCUCCUCCCUCGGGACGCGGACGGUGAAAGCUACUGAAAUAAGCUGUGAUUGUGCUGUACAUACGACGUGCCAGGAACACACUACGGUUUUGUAAAGUUGUUCUGUUGACUUUUGUACCAAAUAGCAAUAAAAACUAUAGCUGGAACAGUUGGGUUGUACACAAAUGGAGACCGGAAAUCUCUAUUUUGCCCCUGAAUAAUAUUUUUUUUAGAAUCGACCAAAUAAGUGGAGUUCUUUUGCAUACUUGAGCGCUGCUGAAGAGAAAC